AAAAAUAUAAGAUUUAAAAAAAGGGUAACAUUCAUAAGGAGGGAGUGUAAUGUUGUACGAUUGAGGUUUAUUGCAGUACUGGGUUUGGUGCAGGUGUGUUUAGUGACCUCUGCACAAUAGAAGUGAUAACGUUUAUGACUACAGUAGUCACCUGCUUUAAACCUUUAUAAAGACUCUGGCUUCAGUCCAGGAAAAGUCCUUCCACCGUCCUUCAACCCUCCAACCAUCUGAAUUAUCCCUCAUCAUGGCUGUGACCAACCAACCGGGGACAUACCAGCCCUCUGAGUUCCAGACGGGCCUGUGUAAUUUCUGUGAAGACUGUGGAACUUGCUGCUACGGUCUGUGCUGCUACAUGUGCCUCGGCUGCUCCAUCGCCAGUGACAUGGGCGAGUGCUGCCUGUGUGGACUGGGCAUGCCCAUCCGCAGCGUCUACAGGACCAAGUACAACAUCAACGGCUCGCUGUGUAAUGACUUCAUGGUGUCCUGGUGCUGUCCAGUCUGCGCCACCUGCCAGCUGAAGAGAGAUAUUGACCGCAGGAAGGAGCAAGGCAUUUUCUGAAUGCUCCUUGUGUGUGUCGAACUAAACAGGAAUCAAACCUUUAACACCGAGGGCUUGGCUAUGGAAAGUAUACUAAAUGGAUCCUGCUGGACUUCUGACCUGGAUACUAAAUGUUUUAAUGUUUUUCACGCUGCUGUAAUAAAAAUUCUUUUAAUUUGAAUGAG